AUGUCCGCAUUCGCACCUGAAGACCCAGACGAUUACUCCUACGCCGAGGACCCCGCGGAGACGUCCACCCCUCCAAUCCCAGAUCAAGCGGGCGAUGAGCCGUCGCUUGGCCACGGCCACUCAAACAACCCCCUUCUUGGAUCUGAAAACCCCCAUGUUUCCGAUUUGGAGCAGGAGGUGCUGGACGAAUACACUCGAUUGUUGCGCAAUGUGAACCAGCUCUCCGAUAAAGUCGCCGACCUUGCGGGCUCGCCCGCAUCCAUGCCCCUCGACGGCUUGCGUCUGCUAGAGCGCAAGACUGCUACUGUAUGCACGUUGCUCAAGGCUAGUGUCUACAGCAUUGUUCUACAGCAGCAGAUCUGGAAUGAGAAUGAAGAGCAGCAGCAGAGCGAGGCCCAUUUCCAAGACCAGCAGUACGAGCAUGGAUACGAGGAAGACGUGACAUUCCAAUGA